AUGAUAGUUCCUGGAAACCGUCGUGCAAACAUCGUGGGCACUUUGUUUUGUGGCGCCAUGCCUCGUCUAAUCACCGCUCGCAAUGUGGUCAUAUUCGUCAAUAUCGUCCUUCUCACCGCGCUCUUCGUCCAUCUGAAGUUCGAGCUCUGGGACAAGACGGCCGCUGCGGCUGGAUCGGCCAAGUCGCACCUUCCCGACGAACUCUACGAUGAACAGCAGCCAGACGAGUCAUCGCACAACCCGAAAGGGAAGCCGCUAAAAGCGAACGAUGGCAUCAAAGCGCGUCGGACCGCCGUCGUCGUCGCUAGCCAGAGUUCCGAGAACGCAACGUGGCUCGAGGAGUACUUUCCGCACUGGGAGAAGAAUAUCUACCAUGUCGACGAUCCGAGCGCGGAGCUCACGGUGCCGAAGAACAAGGGCCGAGAGAGCAUGGUCUAUCUGACCUACAUAAUCGACCACUACGCGUCCCUCCCCGACAACGUCCUCUUCAUCCACCCCAACCGCUACCAAUGGCACAACGACGACCCCGACUACGACGGCCUCCCCAUGCUCCGCCACUUUCAGCUGCCCUACCUCGAGAAAGAAGGCUACGUCAACAUCCGCUGCGCCUGGUCCCUCGGCUGCCCCAACGAGAUCAAGCCGCUGGCGGAAGCGGGCGAACACAGAGAGGCCGUGCAUGCGGGCGGACAGUAUAAGAAGGCUUUUGAGAGCCUGUUUCCGGGGGAGAAGGUGCCGGAUGCUGUUGGGGUGAGCUGCUGUGCGCAGUUUGCGGCGACGAGGGACAAGAUCAGGGAGAGGAGCAAGGAGCAGUAUGAGAAGUAUCGCGAUUGGAUUAUGGGGACUGAACUGGGGGACGCUAUUAGUGGGAGGGUGUUUGAGUACUCUUGGCACAUGAUCUUCGGCAAGCCUCCCGUUCAUUGCCCAACCGCGAAAGACUGCUACUGCAAGACCUUCGGCCUAUGCGACCUGGACUGUCCGGAUGCGGGAAGUUGUAAGGGACGAUACACUUUGCCGCCCUACUCGAGCCUACCAAAGGGCUGGCCAUAUGUGGGAUGGGAGGGCCAGGAGCGCCAACGCGCUGGUCCGGAACAGUGA